AUGAAAAAAUUAAUGAAAACCUUUUUAAACCACAGAGCAAAGGAAGAUCCUUACAAUUUGCCUUGGACAGCUCGACAGCUUUUAGAUGGCAUCCCGAGUUCGGUUUGCAGUGAUCCAUGUCCCAAAGGCUACAGAAGAGCUGCAAUUCAGGGGCAGAAGAUCUGCUGCUUUGAUUGCCUGCCAUGUUCUGAAGGAGAGAUUCUCAACCCAAAUGAUGACAGUGAAUGUCUCAAGUGCCCAGAAGACAAAUGGCCUGAUAGCAGAAAAGAAGAGUGCCUACCAAAGCUCAUUCAGUUCCUUUCUUAUGAAGAGACACUGGGCUCUGCUUUAGCUUGUAUUUCAGUCUUGUUUUGUCUCCUUACAUAUUCAGUGUUCUGCCUGUUUAUAAUCAAAAGAAAGACCCCCAUAGUGAAGGCAAAUAACAGAGAUCUCAGUUACCUACUUCUCAUCUCCCUCAUGUUUGGCUUCAUGUGUUCCUUGGCAUUCAUUGGCAGACCCAACCGGAUAAUGUGCAUGAUACGCCAGGUCAUGUUUGCUGUCAUUUUUUCACUUUGCGUUUCUACCAUACUAGCAAAGACUAUCACUGUCGUAAUGAUAUUUAGUGCUACAAAUCCAGACAGUAAACUAAAGAAACUAGUGGGACUACGAAUACCCAUUUAUAUUGUCCCAGUGUGUACCAUGGUUCAGGUAAUUCUAUGCAUAGUUUGGCUGACCACAGACGCUCCAUUUGCAGAGUUCAAUAUGGAAGCAGAAAUAGGAAUAAUAGUGAUUGAGUGCAAUGAGGGGUCCAGGGUGUUAUUUGCUUCUGUCUUGGGGUACAUGGGUCUCUUAGCUUCCGUUAGUUUAUUUGUUGCCUUUCUGGCUAGGAAGCUCCCUGACACAUUUAAUGAGACCAAGUUCAUUGCAUUCAGUAUGUUGGUAUUUGCCAGUGUUUGGGUGACAUUUAUACCUGCUUAUCUUAGUACCAAGGGGAAACAGACAGUGGCAGUAGAAAUCUUUGCCAUUCUCUCUUCAAGUGCUGGGUGUCUUUUUUGCAUCUUUUCCCCAAAAUGUUAUACAAUAUUACUGCACCCAGAAAUGAACAGUAAAGAGAAUAUCACAGGGAGAAAUACUAGAAACCGAGAAAAAAGAUUUUGA